ACAGUCUUCUAUUUUUGUUUAUUAUAAAUAAAUUUAAGUGUUUCAUACUUUAAAAUUUCAAAAUUUAUCAAGGCAAAUUUCUCUGAACUUAUUUCCUGAAACUCAUCCUCCCAUAAGAAAAAGCACAAGCCAGCUAAAUACAGUAGUAGUAGCAUCGUCAAUAGAAAAGAAAGCAUCAGCCAACACACCAAAGCAAAUAAGGAAAGGCAGUCAAGGGAAAUAAUGAACAUGGCCAAUUGCUGUAAGGAUUGUGAUAGAUUGCAGCCGCGGUCAUCGGGCAGCGCACCGGUGCGACCCGAGUUCCAGCAGCCCACCAUGUACGAUCACUUUCAGAAUUUUCAACGCUUCAAAAUGCAAAAACAAGAGGCGCAGGCCAUUGAAAAGCGCAAGGAAGAGCUGCUCAAAAUGAACACCAACUUCACAAAUUGGAAUCCCAGUUGCAGCAAAGAGAUGUUCGAUCAGUUCAGCACACAAGAUGUGGCGUUGUUUCGUCAGCAAAUUCGUUUGGCACAAAAUGGAGAGCGUUCGAUAUUGGAGAGCCUCACAGCGCCAACUGAGGGUGGCGCUUCAAGCAUUGGUGGCACUGCUACGGUCGCAGGUACUGGUACCGGCACUGGUACAAGCGUCGGCGACAAGUCGCUGAAGAAGAAGGAUUCGCUGUUAACGAUCUCACGUACACCCGUACAGUGUCCCAUUGGUGCUUGUGGUCGAACUAUUGGCGUGACCUCGGUGUUGUCGCAUUACCUGCGUGAUCACAGCGAAGACUUUGGUGUGCAGUGUCAAGAGAUUUAUGGCGGGAAGCGCUCAGUGUUGAUUUUCGAUGCCACUACUUUGGAUUUUCGUGAUAAUGUGUGUUUGGGUGUGCUCGCCUACGGAGGCGUCAAGGAGAAGUGUACAAAUCCGCCCGCUCAGCGUGGUAUUUGCAUACACAACGCCUUCCUGCCAAAGCCACAUGAGCAUCUUGACGCACAUUUGCCCAUACUGAUAAUGGCUUGCCGCACGUCUUGGAGUGCUAUGCUGAAGGAUAAGCAACUCGAAGCUAGAAUAACGAAGCCAGAGGACUCGAAUCAACACCUACUCGUGAUUUGGCUGGUGAGCGUGCAGUCCACCAAGCCAAUUCAUUGCACUCUGACCGCCUACGAUAGGACGAUGACUUCGUCGCGCAGCGUUAUCGCCCAAGUGCGUCAGCUCAACGAAUCCCAAAACCCUAGUGAAUUUCUAGUUAACGAUGCAAACAGUUUACGGCUGAGUAAUGGCGAAAUCAAUAUACUUUCACAUGAUGGCAACGAUUGCGUUCACCUGGAGGUUAUGAUCAAUGAAUACGAUCAAUAAAAUUUUUUCCUGAAUUUUCGCAAAGAUGCAAGAAAUGAUAGUAAAUGUGUGCUUCUUUUAUGUACUCGUAUAUCUCAUAGUGAUAUAAAUAUGUA